AUGGGUUUUUUUGUUCCAGGUCACUCAAUUGAAAACUUGAGACACUACAAGUAUCAGAGUGAGGACAGAUCCAUUAUUACCAAAAUAUUUCUUAAACCCUUUUGGAACACGUUCGUACAAGUUUUCCCCAAAUGGAUGGCGCCAAACCUUGUCACACUAAGUGGAUUAGGAUUUAUCUUAAUUAACCUCAUUGUUACAUUAUAUUAUGAUCCACAGUUAAAAUCGGAAAUGCCACGUUGGGUGUACUUAUUCAAUGCAAUUGGUUUAUUUCUUUAUCAAACAUUUGACGGUUGUGAUGGUGUUCAUGCUCGUCGUACUGGACAAUCAGGUCCUCUAGGUGAAUUAUUUGAUCAUAGUAUAGAUGCGAUCAAUACUACACUUUCUGCAUACAUAUUUUGUUCUGCAAUUGGUACAGGGUAUGGUUACAAGAUGAUAUAUUCACAAUUUGCAGUAUUGACAAAUUUUUAUUUGAGCACUUGGGAAGAGUAUCACACCCAUGUGUUAUUCUUAUCAGAAAUAUCAGGUCCUGUGGAAGGUAUCCUUGCUAUUUGUUUAGCGUACCUGGCUACAGCUAUAUUUGGACCAGACAUUAUAUGGCGUACAACUUUAACAACUUUUAAAAUAAAUGGUCAACAAUAUAUUUUUAAGACUACUGAUUUCCUUUUAGUUACAUUCACACUUGGUUUAAUUCUGAAUUGUUAUUUCGCAAGAAGAAAUGUUACAGAUCAUUAUAGAAAAGAAAAAUCAAGUUCGAAUAUGGAUAUUGCCAUUAAAGAAGCAAUGAAGGGUCUGUUACCAUAUAUAUUGUAUGUGAUAUCAGUUAUUAUUAUAGUUACUGUAGAGAAAAGGUUCAUCGGUUUCUCAUUUGUACUUUCAAUUGGAUCCACAGUAGCAUUUUUCGUUGGUAGAAUUAUUGUAAGCCAUUUAACCAAACAAAGUUAUCCAAUGUUCAACAUUUCCAUGUUCAUCCCCCUUUCGCAACUAAUUUCAUAUUUAAUUGCAAUUAAUUUCACUGCCGAACACUCAACCGAUAGCAUUAUUGAAGCUUUGUCUUGGUUAGGCUGUGGUUUAUCACUUGGUAUAUAUGCUCUAUUUUUAAAUGAGAUCAUAUAUGAAUUUACAAACUACCUGGAUGUUUAUGCAUUGACCAUAAAACAUCCUAAAUUUAUUUAA